UCAACCGGGAUGGAGUCUUGUUCUUCCCCCAGGGUAGUCGCCAAGGGAAAUAACGACACCAAAAUUCCGUCGAUCAUGCAGCAUCUUCCACUUAAAGUGACCGAGGUGUCCAAAGAAACCAUCAAGAACUUUGCCCACACCAAGAGAGUGGGGAAUUAUUUGCUGGGUCGAACUCUGGGAGAAGGGUCGUUCGCCAAAGUCAAGGAAGGACUUCACGUUCUUACUGGAGAAAAGGUUGCCAUUAAGGUUGUGGACAAAAAACGGGCCAAAGAGGACAGCUAUGUCCGUAAAAACAUGCGACGGGAAGGUAAACUGCUGCAGAUGGUGCACCAUCCGAACAUCAUCCGUUUGUACGAGAUCAUGGAGACCGAAAAUAGCUACUACCUGGUUACUGAGCUGUGCAGAGGCGGAGACUUCAUGGAGUAUAUUUGUCAAAAGAAACGCCUGAACGAGAAAGAGGUGAAGAAAUACAUCCGCCAGAUCAUAUCCGCUGUGGACUACUUACAUCGCUUGGGAAUUCUUCAUAGAGAUCUGAAGGUCGAAAACCUGCUUUUGGAUGAAAAUGGAGACAUUAAACUUAUUGAUUUUGGUCUUAGCAAUAGCAUACGAGGCUCUACCAUGAGAGAGGGACAAAGAAUGCAAGAGUUUUGUGUCACCCAGUGUGGAAGCCCAGCGUACGCUGCGCCAGAAUUGCUUGGGCAUAAGCACUAUGGGACAAAAGUGGAUGCAUGGAGCAUAGGUGUGAAUAUGUACGCUAUGCUGACUGGUAGCUUGCCUUUCACCGUGGAACCUUUCAACAUAAAAACUCUCCACAAUAAAAUGCUGACCGGACAGAUGAACCCUGUGCCAGACUACCUUACAAGAGAAUGCCGUGAUCUGCUGAGGAAAUUCCUCACUCCCGACCCGGAGAAAAGAUUGUCACUGGGAGAUGCGAUGAAGCACCCGUGGGUUUCUGAAGGUAAAAACAGGCCCCUGGAACCCAUUCCUUGUCCAAACAGAAUCCGCUCGGAAGAAAUCUGUGACGACAUCCUGCAUCACAUGUCGGAUUUCCAUGGAUAUCGCAUAAGUGACGUCAUGAGGCACGUCACAAGCAACAUGCCCGGACCUCAAACAGCAAUGUACCACUUGUUUAAACACAGACUCGACAAGUACAAAGCCCUUCAAAGAGUUCGUGGCAAGGUACCAGCCAAUGAGGUCAGAAAUAAAGAAAACAGGAUGUCACUUUUGUUAAAGAAACCAGCGAAUGUUGUGGCUGGACAGGCACAGACGGCAAUCGCAGGACCAGUAACUCCUGGAAGUCUACAAAAGGUUAGAAACAGACGUCCAGGCAGAAUACAUAUGGUCAAGGAAGAUACGUUAGAACCGAAAAUAAUAGAGCUGAAAAUCUCGACUGGAGUAUCACUCGAUGUGCAGGAGAGCCCGAGGAACAUACCUCAGAUGAGAACCGCAAUAAAAGUGAGGAAACGAGAGUCAAAAAUGGAGCAAGGAAAAACAAAGGAGCAGGAGAAGCACCUGGUAGAGAAGGACAUCGUUCUCAUUGAUAUGUCUCCUGGAGACCCUGUCAAAAAUAUCCAUGAAGAGAUCAAGAACAAAGACUCCAGUUCUAGCCAUGAGCCUUCGCCACGAACGGUGAGUGAUGAGAGCAAGCAGGUAACUACGCCUGUGUCUGGCAUGAAUAAGGCAAAUCCACCUACUCCGCAUGUCAUCGGCACCAAGUACACAGGGACAAUUUUAUCGGAGCUUCUACCCAAACAGGCCCACUUACGCCAGCGUUUGUACAAGCAUGUUACUCACCACCAAGCUCUCCGUGAAUUCCGAAAAACAGUAGACCGCAACAACAACAACCUGAGCAGUGGAACGACAAUGUAUGCCAAGCAGCGGAAAGUAUCUGUGAUAAACACAGCGAGAAAGUUGGGGAAAACGGGACCGCCAGAGUCGUCUCAGUCUCCAAUUACUCUAAAACCUGAAGACAAAGAGGUUUCUGUUGGACAAUAAGCAAAAUAAAGAUAAUUCGUUGUUACAAAGUCCAUGCCAACAACAUAUCAGUACCCUUAAGUCUAUUUCGCCAAGCAAGUCUUCAACUGUUCAAUCACCGGCCCCUUUCUCGCCUCGGAGAAAGCAUGGAAUGGUGGAUCUCCGAUUGAUCCAUGGUGAAAAGCUCGUUAACACUCCGUAUUCCCGAGUUCACAUCAGCAAAAGUGCGGGGCUUCCAAGCGCCAGAGGCAGGUUGUCUAGAGACAUUUACGACCCAAAGGAAAUUCUUCUUGAAAAGUGUGGGGGUAUCGUAACGAAAAGCAAAACAAAGCCGCCACCUAGUUCACCAUCGAGAGAGACACAGCCUUGUGUUAAGCAAGCUACGUUAGAGAUGGUAUCACUUCGCCUAUCUCUCCUCGUUCGUCAACCGAUUCCAAGAACUCUAGAAGCGCAACGGAUCACUCGGACAAAUCCACGUCAACAAAAAGUUCCAAUGUUACCUUGCCUUCCAUAGCAAUAUCACCAACGAUGAUGAGGACAAACUAAUGCUAUGGAACUUCAUUGCUUGUGAACUUUGCAGCUUGUGCCAAAUUAAUAAUUUAUAUAUUUAUUUGACCUGAUUUGAUUGUUGUUUAGCGCCACGUAUAAAGAAUGUCUCACUCAUAAAAAAUAUCUAUGAUGUAUAUAAACCUAAUACAAUCCUGCGUGAUAUUACUUGACGAAUUGUAGGCCUAUAUGACUUAAAAUGUGCAUAGAUAGUUUGUAAUUGUUUUCUUCUUUGCAACAAUUGCAAAACUAUUCAAUGCAGCUAAACAGCCAUGUCAUGCGUUAUUAUUUGCAUGUCAAUUU